AUGGAAAUUGCUAUCAAACGAAUCAUACCUGUCAACGUGAAUAUAAAUACUCUGUUAGCAUCAAAGUAUGAAUCACCAUCGACUUAUUCUCCUUUAGCGUACUCCUGUUUUGAUGGAAAUCAAAAUCAAAACGAAUCUGAUAUUGAUUGUGGUGGUGUAUGUACCACAAAAUGUGCUAUUAACAAGUUAUGCAAGGUAAACUCGGAUUGUACGAAUGCCAAUUGUUAUCAAACAAAUCAUUCAUGCCAACCCUAUUCUUGUUCUGACGGAAAUAAGAACCAAGGAGAAGGUGAUGUCGAUUGUGGCGGUCCCUGUACUGCGGCCCUGUGCUCUCUAAAUCAAACAUGCAACGUGAACUCGGAUUGUACGAAUGGAAACUGUAAUCAGUACAAUCACACCUGUCAACCGAUAUCAUGCGCUGAUGGAAAUAAGAAUCAAGGAGAAGCGGAUGUUGAUUGUAGUGGUCCAUGUACUACGAAAUGCGCUGUGAAUCAAACGUGUGUGACGAAUGCAGAUUGUGUCAACAGCAACUGUCAUGUAUCAGCAGGCAAAUGCGAAAAGCUAUCGUGUUCCGAUGGAAACCAGAAUCAAAACGAAACGGAUAUUGAUUGUGGUGGUGUAUGUGGCUCAACGUGCAAAGUGAAUCAAACAUGCUCAAGAAAUACAGACUGUGCAAAUGGAAAUUGUCAUACAGCAUUGAAGACAUGCCAACCACUUUCGUGCUCUGAUGGAAAUAAAAAUCAAAACGAAACUGAUGUUGACUGUGGUGGUGUAUGCACGACAAAGUGUACUAUCAAUCAAGUAUGUAAGCUGAACACAGAUUGUACGAAUGGAAAUUGCUACCAGUCAAAUCACACAUGCCAACCUUAUUCAUGUACGGAUGGAAAUAAAAAUCAAGGGGAGAGUGAUGUUGAUUGUGGCGGUCCAUGUACUACGAAAUGCGCUGUGAAUCAAACGUGUGUGACGAAUGCAGAUUGUGUCAACAGCAACUGUCAUGUAUCAGCAGGCAAAUGCGAAAAGCUAUCGUGUUCCGAUGGAAACCAGAAUCAAAACGAAACGGAUAUUGAUUGUGGCGGCGUAUGUGGCUCAACGUGCAAAGUGAAUCAAACAUGCUCAAGAAAUACAGAUUGUGUAAAUGGAAAUUGUCAUACAACAUUGAAGACAUGUCAACCACUUUCGUGCUCUGAUGGAAAUAAAAACCAAGGAGAAGGUGACAUUGACUGUGGUGGCCCUUGUAAUACGACGCUGUGUCCAUUGUACAAAACGUGCAACAUGAACUCAGAUUGUGUAAAUGGCAAUUGUCAACAGUCAAAUCAUACAUGUAUACCUAUUUCAUGUUUUGAUGGAAAUAAAAAUCAAAACGAAACUGAUAUCGACUGUAGUGGUCCAUGUGCUACAAAGUGUACUAUUAAUCAAACGUGUGCAGUGAAUAGCGAUUGUGCCAAUAGUAAUUGUCAUACUACAAAACACCAAUGUUUAGCGCCUUCUUGCGAUGAUGGAAACUUAAAUCAAAACGAAACUGAUGUGGAUUGUGGUGGUGUAUGUAUUGGAACAUGCGCGGUCAAUCAAACGUGUAAGAUCAAUGGUGAUUGUGCCAAUGGCAACUGUCCUACAGCAGUUAAGAAGUGUCAGCCUUAUUCUUGUUUCGAUGGAAAUAAAAAUCAAGACGAAGGCGAUGUUGAUUGUGGUGGUCCUUGUAAUACCACCCUAUGUUCUUACAAUAACACGUGUAACGUAAACAGUGAUUGCGCUAAUGGAAACUGCAACCGUAAAAAAUCACGUUGUUUAGUUCCAUCUUGUAACGAUGGAAAUAAAAAUCAAAAUGAAACCGAUAUUGAUUGUGGUGGUGUCUGUGGUGCAAAUUGUCAAAUUGAUCAAAAUUGUACGGUGAACAUCGAUUGUGCCAAUAAGAAUUGUCAUCAUACAAAUCUCACAUGUACAGUUCAAGUUUGUGAUGAUGGAAACAAAAACCAGGACGAAACUGAUAUUGAUUGUGGCGGUUCGACAUGUGGUUCGACGUGUAUUGUUGGUCAAGCUUGUGUUUACAAUUCAGAUUGUAAAAAUGGAAACUGUAAUAAUACUUUAAAGAAAUGUAGUGAUCCAGUUUGUAACGAUGGAAAUAAGAAUCAAGAUGAAACAGAUGCUGAUUGUGGUGGCGCUACCUGCUCAAGUCGAUGCGGCAACGGAAAAAAUUGUACAGUUACCAGUGAUUGUGCCACAGAUAAUGUAUGCAGCGUGAAGAGGAAUAUGUGUCAAUGGAUAUAA